AUGGAGGACCCUUGUUUCAAUACUCAAUGGCCUUUCAACUCUUUUGAUGAUCAUCAGCUUACUACAUUUGGUGAUAAUAUUAAUACACAUCAUUUUUAUGAUAAUGCAUUACCUAUGUUUGAUCAUCAUUAUAAGCCGAUUAUGGAACCGUCUCCAAGACCAUCAAAGCAACUUAAAACUAGCAGCUGGAAUUCAUGUAUUAGUUCUGAUCAGUCCAUAAUGAAUCCGACACCACAUUAUAAUGGUAACGAUUCGUACGUUGCAAAUCAAGCUAACGUUGUGAGUCCUAAAGAGGAAGGCGUCGUUUCUUCAAAAAGUACUAUUGGUUUUACUUAUGAUACUUCUCCAUCAUCUAAUGUCCAAUUUCAUAAUCAAAGCUACAAUCACCAUGUUGGUAGUGCUAAAAAAGUAGCCACAACAACCAAUACAGCUAAAUUCAAUACACCUCAAGACCAUAUAUUGGCUGAAAGAAAAAGAAGAGAGAAACUUAGCCAAAGGUUCAUUGCCCUUUCUGCUUUAAUCCCUGGUCUUAAAAAGAUGGAUAAAGCUUCGGUUCUUGGAGAUGCAAUCAAGCACUUGAAACACCUUCAAGACAAAGUCAAGACACUUGAGGAACAAGCAAAGAGAAGAUCCAAUAUAGAGUCGGUGGUUUUUGUCAAAAGACAUGAGGUGUCAGCUAAUGGUGAUGAAGUCCCUUCAUCAGAUGAGAAAUUACCCGGUGGACCGGAGCAAUUACCUGAAAUGGAGGCAAGAUUUUCAGGCAAGGAUGUUCUAAUUAGAGUUCAUUGUGAAAAGAAAAAAGGGGCUGUAGAAGAAAUACUUGCUGAAAUUGAGAAACUAAAUCUAUCUGUUAUCAACACUACUGCAUUGACCUUUGCCAAUUAUGCACUUGAUAUAACCAUUAUCUGCCAGAUGGAUCAAGAUUUCACCAUGACAACGAAGGAUCUUGUUAAGAAUCUACGUAUCAGCUUCAAACGGUUCAUGUGACAUUCGGGACUACGUUUCUGUUUGUUUUUUUAUAAUCCUUUUUUCUCCAAAAUUUCUUUGUUUGGUUACAAAAGGCCUCUUGUUCUCCACACUUUUUACCACACAUAUGCCUUCAAAACUUAUUUGCUAUUGGGUUCAUUUUACAGGAGGGUUUUUUUUCACAUCUUUUUUUCAUGGUUGACUUGUUGACCAUGUUCACAAUCCUCCUGUUGUAAAGUAAUAACCUUUAAUGGCUAAAUUGAGGCAUUUUUUUUUUCUAUAACUUUUUCCCUUUUUCAGACUGACUUGAAAAGGGCUUUUUGAGGGGUGGAUGAACAAACAGGCUUAUGUAAUCAGUCAAAUUAAGUGUUUGGUGAUCAAUGUUUUAGAGGCCUUUUUCUUAGGGUCUCUUUUUUC